UAAGUCUAUAAAAAAAUUAAUGAUUAACUACUGAUCUGAAAAAAAUUGAUAAACAUCAAUUUAUAUUUAUUUAAGCAUGCAAAUGGGAUAAACAGUAUAUGAAAAAAAUACCUCUCAAUAAUACGAUAUCCUGUCGAAAAUCCAAUGUAUUCAAGAACAGACAAAUCUUCCUCCUACAAUGUUUUUAUUUUAACAAUUGUCCAUAUUAUUUCGCUAAUACUAACCUUCCCUUCAUUUUGUUUAUUAUUACCGUCUAAAACAUAAUUAACAAUUUCAUUAUGAAGAAAAUCAAACAAAUUUUCUUCUGCCAUAGUUUUAAAAUUAUUUCUUAUGUAUUUUGCUUUACUAUUUACAUGUCAAUGUCAAUUUUUUUGUAUAGUAGAACCAGAGUAGUUCUAUGGUCAGAACCAAUCGAGAGGAGAUUAUUUUCAAAAAAAUUUUAUUGUACAUACAAGUCAUUAUAGGAAUUAUUAGAUUAUUAAAAUUGUUUAAUAUCAUCAAAUCAAAGUUUGUUCUACUACUAAUAAAUAAUAAUUAAAAUAAUAAAGAUUAUUUCGUCGAGUAUUCUUGAUUUAUAUGUUAAAUAGAUAAUAAUCGUAAAACAGGGUGUUUAUUUAUCAUGAAAUUCUGAUAUUCUAAUGAAAAGAAUUUAGAACAGUAUAAGUUAUUAUAUGAGACAAUGUUCAUUGAAAUAUUUAUACUAUUGAACGCGUGUUUACUUAAAUAUCAACAGCUGAUUGUAAAUACCUGGCGACCUCUAGCGCUAAAAUCAAAGCUGUCAAUUUGUGUCAUAAGGAAAGUGGGCCUUCGUUUGUGAUUUAAAUAAAAUGAGUUCGGAAGAUAGUGCCGGGUUAGCAGUAUCGAGAAGUUGUGUAGUAUGCGGAAAAACGGAAAAUUUAUUGCGUUGCGCCCGUUGUAAAUUGAUUUGUUAUUGUUGUAAGGAUCAUCAAUUACAAGAUUGGAAAAAACACAAGCAGUUUUGUAAAAAAACGAAUAAUUCUGGUAUAGUCGUAGAAGGCAAAUACGGACAUUUCGUAAACAAUCCGGAUUUGGGAGUUACUUUACCUACAGAAGGAAGUUCCGAAAAUGAAAUUUUGAGUUCCUUGGGUGAAGAAUUGGCACCUAAUAAUAAUUUUCAACAACUAUCUUCUACGGAAAAAUCGUUGAAAUUCGUUAAUAUAACCAUGCCUAUUAGUGGAUCGAGUGUUGUAAAGACUAAGCAAAAAACUCUUAAAGAUUUCCCUGCUAUUUCAUUAGAACAACCCAGAAACCUUGACGACGAUCGUUUUAUUGAAGAAAUGUGUUACACUGUAAUACAAGAUAUGACUGACUAUGGACUAUGUGUUAUGGAUAAUUUCCUUGGCGUUGAAAGGGGAAAACAAGUUUUAAGGGAAGUACUAACUAUGGAAAAUCAAGGUGUGUUUAAAGAUGGACAAUUAGUGUCUAAAGGACCAACAGAGGAUAGAAUUGAUAGAACAAUAAGAAGUGAUCAGAUAUGUUGGGUUCACGGUAAAGAACCAAAUUGCCCAAAUAUAGGAUAUCUUAUUAGCAAAGUGGAUACAUUAAUUACGAGGGCCAACAAAAUGGAAAAUAAUGGAAAACUGGGAAGAUAUAGUAUUAAUGGAAGAACCAAAGCGAUGGUCGCUUGUUACCCAGGUUACGGAUCUCAUUACGUUAAACACGUAGAUAAUCCUAAUAGAGAUGGUAGAUGUAUAACGGCCAUUUACUAUCUCAAUUUGAACUGGGUGCCGAGAAACGGUGGACUGUUAAGAAUAUUCCCCGAAGGUUGGAGGGAAGAUAAGGUGGCAGAUAUAGAACCACUUUUUGAUAGACUGUUAUUUUUCUGGUCAGACAGGAGGAAUCCUCAUGAAGUUCAACCGGCAUACAAUACCCGAUACGCCAUAACGUUAUGGUAUUUUGAUGCCGAUGAAAGAAAAGAAGCCCUUAGGAGAUACGAAAAAGAAAGAAAAUCUUUGACGUCAAAAUGACGAGCUCCCUUCGUUUAUGAAAAAUUGAAUUUAUACAAAAGGUAGUUUGCAAUUACGUCCUAUUGUACAUAUUGUGAAUUUUUUUUUUUAAGAAUAUUGUUACUUAUAAGACGAAAGUGUGAUAUUUAAAAUAAUUGAAAACUUAGUCAUUUGCUACAUUAAAUCCGACGUAACCUGUACGUAUUGUCGUGUUAUACCUAAGGGGUGGAAUCUAAUUUAUUGAUUAUUUUAAAUGUAAUAGUUAAGGGACGAAGUGCUAAGUUAGAGCAACAGCUCAAUCUUACCAGUAGAAAUCCUGUUUUGUAUCUUUUACAAAUAAAUAUUUAUAAUAACAUUUGGUACAAAUUAUUGUACAACAAAUUUGAAAUAAUGAAAUAAAUUUAUUAAUAACCUCAUGUUAACAAGUAUUUAUAAUCUCUUUAAUUUAAGUAUUAAAAUAAAUUUUUUUUAUGUGAGGUAUAUCAAGAAAUAACGACACAUUGUUUUCAAGUCAUUUGAGGAUUCUAGUUCUCAUAAAUAUUCAUUAUUUAGAUACAUAUAGUUAUUUAUUUACUCUCUUUUCUUCAUUCCGUGUCAUUAUUCUCCACUUAAAUGUUGUAUUUCUAUCACGUUUCUUUCAUUAUUAAUUUUCCUUCAUUACUGUCCGAUAUUUUUCCCAAAAUAUUUCCAAGUAUACACCAUUUCAAAAUUACUGCCUUUUAUUAUUUCUAUGUGGAUUACUCAACCGAACAAUAAGAAACAUUUUUGUUUAUUUAAUUUUUAAAUACAAUUUUAUUAAUUAACGAGAAUGCUCGUUAUUAUUUGAUAUAUUAUUGGAUUACUUUUUAUUUAUUAUUAUUUUUUUUGGCAUAUUUUGUAUAUUGACUCAUAAUACACAAGUGUACAAAUUUCGUUCAACUAUUGCAUUUGUUAUUUUUUAUAAUUUAUGCCCCGCGUUCGUUAAAAUUUACGUGAAUGUCGACGAUAACAGUGUUAAUUUGAAUUUUAUCUAAAGACGUAAUUAGAAAUUGGCAGGUAAAUCUGUCACAUACAGUGUGUAUAGCUAAACGGUUCCGGUUACUGUACAUAUUUAUGAAACAAGUCGAAUUAUACAUUGACAUUCCGCAACGUAAAAAUGCUAUUUAUACCUUUAAUUAACAACCGCUUGGAAAGUAUGAGUUUUAAAAAAUGUAUCUUCAUUCUAUGUUCAAAAACGUAAAUAUUAGUUCAAGUUUUUUUCAUGCCCUUCACAUAUUCUCAUAGAAAGGAUGGGGGUAAUCGCGCUGGCCUCGAUUAAGGAUUAUUGCAUAAGUUAGAAUGACUCCCUUUUGAAGUAGUUCAAAAUUAUUAUCGCCAAUUUAUUUAUACACUUAACUAUUUACUAAAACUUAAUAAACUAUACACUGUUCGGUUUACUGUUUGCUAAAUCAAAUUGUUAACUGUUAACGAUAACAUCUUUUUAUUUAAAAUGGAGAAACCUUUUAAACGAUGUAUUACGUGCAUUUACUUCGCAUUUAAAAAAUUGAGGGUAGUACCAGUCAUUCGAAGGUAGGUAUGGAAUUGUUACGUUGAAGAAUGACAAUUUAUAAUUUAAAUUUGACGUUUUUCAAUUAUUUUUUUCAUGAAUAUGUUGAAACAGUUACUAUUUUAUUCAAUACGGAUUGUAUACACCAUAUUUAUAUUACAGUAAAUUGUAAUUGAAAUUUUUUGAACAUUUUUUUGUUCGAUUUAAUGCCGAAAAUAAACUUGAAAACGAUUUUUUAUGUAUAAUAUUUGGGUAUUGUUAUGUACUGAUGGUUUAAAAAUUUUGAAAUGCAUAUGAUUCAAUCUAUUAAACAUUUUAAUAUU